AUGACUUACGGGUCGUUGAGCGAAUGGAGACAGUCUCAGCAGCACAUAAUAAGAAACCAGUGGACUCCAUCAACGAUCAUAUUGCGCAAGUUUGGUCCUACCAUCAUUGCCGUCGUUUAUCCGAACAAGGCCUUUGAGAACACCAGUAGUCUACCUCAAGGGCUGAAGAGAUCAGAGGUCAUAUUUCCCGAGUUCACCGACAUUCAAGUGCCCAUCUGUGUUCCUAAAGUAUCAGGUCCCACUGCCGAGCUCAAAUUCAGACGUUUCACAGUUCUCAAGUACCUCAAGAACAUAGCGCCUGAAGAUAUCCAGAUAAAUCUUUACGGAGAGCACCCGGGGGAGCUGUUCAAGAAGGCAAGUGACGACGCUGCUAUCACCUAUUCUGGAAGUGUCCAGUUCAGUCUCAAUGCAGCAUCAGUUCAAAUGACAGAUAACUGCCCUAGUGAAGCUUCAAUCAAAUGA